GGAACAUCACCUCCAACGUGCUUUGUCAGCCCAGCAAGUCUAUGGAUCUUCAGAGGCUCUGGUUAUUCCUAUUCCAGAAGUGCAAGAUAUUUCAGAAAGAUAUCACCUACUAUAUCCAGAUACAUAUAAGCCUACAAAGCAGUACAUCCAUAUACAGGGUAAGGUUAUUAUAAUUUCUUAAAUAGCGUUUUUUUUUUCUAGAUUAACAUUUAAGGAUAUAGAUUAACAUGAAAGGAUAUAAAGUACUUGUCUAAAACUUAAAUUCUCAAAAGUUCUAAAAUAAUUUCCUUUUUGCUUUGUAACAUAGUUUUUUUUUUAUUGUAAUGUAGCAUUUAGUAUGGAUCAAGAAAUACCUGAUUAUGACAUGGACAGUGAUGAUGAUUCCUGGCUGAAUGAACAAAGCAAGAAAAUGGAAAUAACACCUAUUAAAUUUGAAGAAAUGAUGGAUAGAUUAGAGAAAGGGAGUGGUCAACAAGUGAGUUUUCUUUUGAAUGAAUUGGUCUAAUAUCUUAUGCAUUUGUUCAAUGAUAAUUUGAUUAGUGGUUACAUUUAUCAUGUAUUGUCUUUCAACUUAAAAUAAUUAAUUUUACUUAUUUGCUAGGUUGUUACACUUCAAGAAGCAAAGCUUUUACUGAAAGAGGAUGAUGAUCUUAUUAUUGCUGUUUAUGACUAUUGGUUAAAUAAGCGUCUCAAAAUGGUAACAUUUUUAUUCCUUUUUACUCUUAAUGUAAUAAUUUGAAUAUGGAUAGUAUGUGAUGACCUAAAAUGUAAGGAGAGGUUCCCUAUUUAAAUCAGUCUAGUAAAGAAAUGAUAAAGAAGUAAAAUGUAUGUAUAUAAAGUUGAUGAUGGGGGUAUAAAUAUGCAUAUAAGUUGAGUACCUGGUAUAAAUAUUAUUUUGCUUGUUAAGUUUUCAGUUUUUUAAAAUUUGUGUGUAAUUUGUAAUUUCAAUGCAUAAUUGGCUUGUAUUAACACGUCUAUUAUUACUUUACAGCAACGUCCUCUCAUAGCAACCGUUAAGUCAGAAAAAAGAGAUGGUACGACAACUAAUAAUCCAUAUGUUGCAUUUCGAAGGCGUACUGAAAAAAUGCAAACUCGAAAGGUAUUUCUACUCUAUUGAAUAAUUAUCAUUAAUAUGUUUAUAACUGUAAGUAUAAUUAUAGGAUCUCCUUUCAUAUAUUUGGUUAAUCAUUUUUGCAGAAUCGUAAAAAUGAUGAAGUAUCCUAUGAGAAGAUGCUCAAGCUAAGAAGGGACCUGCAGAAGACUCUGUAAGUCUAUGUUUUUAAAACAUUAUUGUAAUGUUUCUUGUUCCUGCGAUCUUGUGUGUUUGUGUAGUCAUUCGGUUUCAUCUUAUUCAAUUAAGCUCUAAUUUAUUCACUUGAUUGACUUGAAUACAUGUAUGAGUAUGAAUUUACCGCGCUUCGAGCCUUUGGGGAUGAAGCGUGUUUUUGAAAUGAACUUUAUUAUUAUUAUUAUUACUAGGCCACAAAAUUACUUUAGUAUAUGAGUGUAUAAAAUUGUGUUUCUCUUUUACUUAUAUUUAGUAUGCUUUCUAAGGAAAAUAUGCAUGAAUUCUUUAUAUAAAUAGCCUUCAAUUUAUUAAGACAAUGUUCUUAAAAUUUUUAUAAAACAAAUUAUCUAAAAAAAAAAAAAAAAAAAAAAAAAAAAAAAAAAAGAGAGAAAAAAAAAAAAAAAAAAAAAAAAAAUAUAUAAAAAUUAAUAAAAAAAAAAAAAAAAAAAAAAAAAAAAAAAAAAAAAGGUUUAGAAAAAGGUGAGGUAUAACAACAAUCACAUGCUCAUGGUUUGUAAUGUCCAGAUUAAUGUUGUUAAAUUUAAUUUAUUUAUUUUAGCUUGUGUUCCAAAGUUGGUAGCUAUUUUUUUUUUUUUUUUAGGGUGGGCCUUACUUUAAACAAAAAUUAAUGUAUGAAAAGAUAAACAGUGCAUAUGAGCUACAUGUGCUUCAUUACUCUCAUUGUAUGAGAUGAAACGCCAUGAUUGAUUGGCAAGAUUAGCUAAUGUGAAAUAAGUCAGUCUGACAUUGUUGUGAGGAACAUUUGAAAAAAUUAAUAUAGGAAUGACCAAUAAAAAGCAAAAACCAUUUAAGUUGAAAUUCUAAGAGUAUCACAUUUAAUUAUCAUACCAAUUUUGUUUUUUUUUACAAAGUUCUUUAUAAAUUUUCUAGGUACUGUCACAAGCAGGCGUGUUGGGUUGCUUAAUACUACUAGUGAAUUAUAAUUUGUAAUAUUUGAUUGUUCGUGGUUACUUGUAUUAGGUUAAUAUUAAUCUUAAAAAAUGUUUUUUUGUUUUUUUAGCACGCUGCUUGAACUACUAAAAAGAAGAGAGAAAAGUAAGAAAGAGUUGCUACAGCUAACCAUUGAGAUUUUAGAGAAAAGGUGAGUUAAAGAGUUCUUUGAACAAAAAGGACAUUUAUUCUUAGUGCUGAUGAUUACUUCAAAGGGACUGUAUUUUAUUCUGUUCUGUAUUUAGCUUAGUUAAGAUGUAUCAGCUAUUACCCAGUUUCAAUUUUAUAUUGAUAUUAAGUACUCUCAACUAAAAAAAAGUGGCACUCCAAAUGAAAAUUAAUUAAGUAGGUAAGUAGCAAAGCAAAUAUGCAUUGUUACGCUACUUUCCUCACUCACCCCGCAGAAACGAAAUGGAAGAUUUUUCCGGAACCGCGCUCGCAGAGGCGGAGGAAGAGAGAGAAAAACAUCCGACGUUUGUCCCUCCCUUUGCCCUCAACAGUCGUGGGGAGUGGGUGCAGACUUACAAGGGGGUAAGUUGCGCCCUCUGUUGGUUAAACGAGUGGGGUGUGACACAUUUCUGUAUCAAAAAUAUCUUUCCUCUGCUUAGAGAAGAAGAUGAACCCCACUCAUUUUGGUUUAUCCAUUUAUCCUGUUCAUAGUUGGAGUGUUUUUAAUUAUUUAUGAAUACAAAUUAUUGAAUUUUUGGAUUCAAAAUAAAAAUUGAAAUUUUGUCUCAAUUUUUUUUUUUUUGUUGGAUAUAGGAGAUGUAUUGUUUAACUUAAUCUGUACUGUAACUAGGAUUUACAAAAAAAUUUUUCUCUUUUGUAAGAAUUUUUUAUAAGUAGAAGUUUUAUAGGGUCAAAAUUUACAAUGCAUGAAGUUAACAUUAUUUGAUGGAAAUUCUUGAAAUUUCAAACUGCCAGUUCACUUUGUCUUCGCGAUUUGUUAGAAGCUACAUAACAGUAGGCAUUAUAUUUAGUGGUAAAAUAAAAUCUUCAUGUGACCUUUAAAAAUUCAUUGGUCAUAAUCAGAGAUGAGACUUCCUAUUUUAGGAGAAAAUCUUCUUCAUUGUUGACAUUGGCUUUACCUUACUCUAUUAUGUCAUCAUGUGUUAUAUCAUUUUAAAAUGUGAUUUUUAAUUAAAAGAUCACUUUGAAUGGCUUAUUGAUAAAAUAAGACUUAAGCAUAUGUCUGACAUGCAUCAAAUAAAUUUUUUCCCCUUGGCUGUGGAAAACGUUAUCUUGUCUUGUCACAUCUCUGUAUAAUAAUAUUAAUUACAUUUGGACCAAUAAUGAACUAACAUUUGGACCUACAAUGAUGGGUAGUAGUUUCUUCUUAUUGCUGUUUUGUUAAAAUUUACAUUUUUGUAUUCAUUUUAUUAAAGAUAUUAUUAAAUUUCCAUUUUGCCACAGUACUUUUGUAUUUUAAGAGUUUUAUUAUAUGCAUUUUGAUUUAUCGUAUAAGAUUUCUCUGCAGAUAUUUCCAUUACUAAUGCAAAUCAUUAUAAUAUUAUUGCAAUUUUAUUUAACAGGAAGAGACUGCACCUAUUCGGAAAAAAAGACAAUAUCGCAAAAGAAAACAAGCUCAGCAGCAACAACAAAACCAAAUUGUUCCACAUACAGCUGUUCAUUUUCAGCAUCAGCAACAUUCCAGUGGAGACAUCGACAUUAUGGAUAGUUCAGAUGAUGACAUGUUGUCUCCAGUAAGUUUUAGUAGUUAUAUUCUUUUAUGGUCAAUGAAUUGCUAGAUUUGUGUGUUUGUGUAGCAACAAAAAUUGGAUGUAAGUCUAUGCUUCAAUUAUUUCAUUGCAGGCAAUGUCUCAGUCAGACCAUGAGGAUGAAAAUGAUCCAGAUGGAAUGUUUGCAUUUAAGCGAAGAAAGCACUGUCAUUAUCAUCAAGUAAGAUUUGCUAAUAUCUUAUGUCAUUUUUCAGCUCUGCUUGUAUCUUUUUUCAGCCAUAUUGCAAUUAUUUUUAUGUAUUCCUCUUAACAGCAUUUUUAAGUUGUAAGCUUAGCAGCUCAGGUAAUGUUUAAAAUGUCUUUUUGACCUUUAAAACAAUGAUUUGUUCUUUACAGCCCAUUCAUUCAGGAUUAGGCAACUGGCCAUGGCAUGGACCUGAAGAGGGUGGUAGAGGAGAUAAGCGCUUUCGUUUUUCCCUCACCUCAUUACCAACAGGCUGUAUGGCAUAUGCUCGAAGGAGGAUAGGUAGAGGGGGCAGGUAAAAAUGCAUCAUCAGUUAUAUUACUAUUCUGACAAGAAAAAUUACUAUUCUGACAUCCUCAAAAAUUUCUUUAUUGUAUUUUUAAGCAUUUCAUGUUUUAACUUGAGGUAUUUGCUCUUAGGGCUUUUUCUUAUUGCUUUUGAACUUUUGUUUGUUUCAUCAGAGUUAUCUUUGACCGGGCUAGUACAACUUGGGAUGAGACAUUGGAACGUCUGGACCUUAAUUCAUCUCAUUAUUCUAGUAUAUAUUCAGACUAUAUUACCUACGUCAGGGACAAUCAUAUGUGAGUUGAUUCUUAAAACUGUUAAAUUUAUAUGAUUCUGUUCCUAUCAGUAUUAACUAAAUUACCAUAGUCUUAUACUAAACUUAGAUAUUUAGAAUAUUGUUAUUUACUUAAUGCCAAAGUUAUACCUGUAAAAUAACAUAGAUUUGAAAAUAAUGUAAUGCCAUCGAGUGCAGAUGUGCAUAGUGCCAUAAAAAGCUCGUAAUAAAUUUUUUUUUCCUUACAGUCCCCAUUACAGGCCAAAAACACCACCACCUGAGGAAACACGUCAUUCCCCUUCAUCUGGCUCAAGUAAUGGACAUGGUGGAGGUGGCCAUAAUGGUGGCAGUUUCUUUUCUCAUUCUUUGUCUGAUUUUGAUGUUGAGAGCUUCCAAUCACAUAGAGAACAGUUAUUGGAGAUGCAGAGAGAACAGCAGCAAAAGUUAUUUACAGAAGAUGAUCGUGAUACUUCAAUAACAUUAGACCUUGAACACACUUUAACACAAAGUGAAUUGGGUUCUCGUUUUACUUUAGACUCUGCCAGUGCUGAAUUUGCAGUAAGAGCCCUUGUAGAUUCUCCAAAUUUAGUUGCUCUUUCUGUUUUAGAAGGAACAACUCCAAGCAGUGUUAGUACAGCAGCAGCUUCUCCUGUGGGAAGUCGGACAAAUUCACAACAAUUCAGUUUUUCAUUAAUAAAUAAAUCGGGUGAUGCAGCAGGGACCAGCGGAACCAAUGGGAAAACAUUAGCAAACUCAAUAUCCUCAGGAAAAAUAUCCCACUCAGACAGUGCAAUGAUUGCAAAGCUACCAAUAAUUGCCAGCUCUGUAUUACCUGCGUCUGUCUCUCUUCUUCAUAAAUCAUCUUCAGCACCAGUAUUACCUCAGGUAACACUGCCAUCAAAUGCUGCAACAUCAUCAGCUUUACCGUCCUCAGUGUCACUUUUAUCUUCAGCAUCUUCAACUACCAUCCUGCUGCCACAUAAAACCAAUGGCCCAUUAUCAUCGACACAUGGUAAUUUGUUAAAGAUAAUUCUCUCACUGUUAUUUAAUGAGUAUAAGACCAAUCUGUAAAUUAGCAUUUAAAUCAAAUUUAUAGACUUUUUAUUUUUAUAUUUUUUGAAUUUCUCCAGAUUACAAAAUUAAUAGGGUGAAAAAAAAACAAUACGAAUACCCCAUUGGGAGGGGGGGUGUGUGUGGUUGCCUUAGGCUGGGAAUAGAAAUUCAAUCUCCUAAGACGGAACGAGCCAUAAUUAGUCGUAACUGCCACACAUGGUUUAACAAUGAAUUUUAAGGAUAAAAACCAGCAUAAAAUUAAUAACCAACUAAAAUUCAUUUUUGAAUACUUGCCUUUUUAAUGUAUUAAACACCAAGGGGCGGCAAUACCAUGACUGGCAAUGGCAUGUCCAACACACAUAAUUUACCAAGUCAUUUUGGGGGGGUAGGAUGGCUAGCUCAAUUUUUUUUUGGAACAAAAUUCCUAUUGAACAGUAGAAAAUCUAGAAUUUUGACAAAAUUUGUCUUGACACAAGCUAUUUUCACUCAAGUUAUGGUUAUCUGUUCAGAAAGGAAGUUACCAUGUUAGAUUGUGUAUGCAGUGAUGGGAGAUGUUCAUGUUUCUUGUUGCGUUGUGUGGAUGUUAAGUAUUCAGUAAUGUCUAGGCAUCUUUUAAACCUAUGGUUUCACUGCAUAUAUAAUCAUCCGCUAUAUAAAAUUGUCAUUAAAUUUGCGAAUGAUUUAGUUAAAAUGUAUAUUGGUUGAGGUGAAAUCACUCUACCGGUAUUGCUUCCUGUUAACAUUUCUAUCCCUGUGUUGACUUUAGUGUUUUCUGUUUUUUUUGUGUGCAAUAAUUUGGGUGUGAAAUUCAUAACAAAAAAAUUGACAGCCAUGUUUGAUGUUGGAGAGGGUCCCACCAACAUAUUAGAUGAUUAAUUACAAGAUUAAUUUUGUUAAUUUAUGACAGAAAAAACAUUUUAUUUAUAGAAAUUGAUUACUAAUGAAUUUUUCUUUGUACAUCUUAAUAGUGCUUUCACUUUUUUGUACAUGUUAACUGUCUUUCUUACACCAAAGUUUUUAUAGUUUGAUACUUCUAUGAUAUUGUCACAUAUCUGCUGCCAUGUUCAUCUUUCUGUUCCUAAAAUAAUUUUAUUUUUGUUUUACUUUCAGUAAAGUCCAGUGGGCUUUCAACUUCACCAGCAGCCAGUGUGCUUCAGCUCAAUUUUCCAGCUAGUUCAGCUUCUUUAAUCACAACUAUUCCAUCAUUGGUGUCUACUCCAGCUGUUAUUACUGUUGCACCAUCAUCAAUUGCUGCACCAGUAACUACCUCAUCCACAGGGAAUGCAUCUCUGCAGCUACAAAGACCUCUAAAUAACAAAGUGGCUGCCUCCACCACUGCUGGGACGUUAUACAAACUUCCAGUUUCUGCAACACAGACUUCCAAUUUUGACAUUCUCAGGUAUACUGUGUAAAAGUUUAAAUGAACAAAUGGUAGACAGAUAUUUUUUCUUUUCUAUUCAAGAGAUCAUCCAUAUAUUACUGUACAGAGCUGUUAUGAGAUGAGUCUGAUAAAAUGAAUUAUCUUUCUUAUCAUUAUGGCAGUUCCAAAUAAACUGAAAAAUAUUUUAAACUUAGUCUAUACAAGGUCUCUGAACGUAUUAAUUUGUAUUGGGUAUAACAAAGAAUGGUUUGAGUGGUGAGAGUGGUAUAUACUUAUAUCAGUCAUAGUUAAUAAGAUAAGAUUCUUUUAUUGAUCCAAAUAAAUGGAAAUGUUUUUUGAUUGCAUUAUACAUUUUCAGCACAUAAAUAAAACAAUUUGAACACAACUAAUUUAUAAUAAACAGCCAUUCAGUGAGUUCUCUUAGCCUAAUCGGGGACUUAUAAGUAUCUGACUAAUCGGGUCCAGUCAGUUAUUUCAAACGGCUUGACCUCGAAGAAAUCUAAUCUCGAAAUUUGGAGUACCCCAGGGCUCGGUCCUAGGCCCGAUGCUUUUCACGAUGUACAUUCAGCCCCUGGGUGCAGAGAUCAGGCAGUUUGACAUGUUGUAUCACAUGUUCGCGGACGAUACACAACUUCAUCAAUCCGUGAUCACUUCUCAGUUCCCUCAGCUGCUCAGUAUUACACAGAAGACAAUGGAGUCGGUAAAGCACUGGAUGACCAUUAACAAGCUCAAAUUAAAUGAUGAUAAGACUGAGCUGCUCCCCAUUGCGACCGCUCAGAAGCAGAAAUCUGCAAAUAACACGACAUCCAUUACUCUCUCAGGUGUGCGUAUUGAGUUAGCUCAAACAGUGCGGUACCUGGGUGUCUACCUAGAUAGAAGACUAACUUUUGAAAGUCAUAUUAACAUGCUAUGCAGGGCGAUUUUUCUGGAGCUGCACAGGAUUAGUCAAAUGAGGCCCUUCCUAACAAUUGAUACAACAAAGAGGCUGAUGUCUGCAUUUGUGCUAUCACGCAUGGACUAUUGCAAUGCUCUCAUGGUGGGUCUUCCAGCUACGCUCCUGGAUAAAAUUCAAAUAGCACAGAAUAAUGCGGCUCGCAUAGUUCUCCGCAAACGCAAAUUCGACCAUGCAAAAACACUUCUGAGAGAGUUGCAUUGGCUGCCGGUGCGUGCUCGCAUAGAGUACAAAAUCGCAACUUUGUGCUACCGCUGCUUACAUGACCUGGCGCCGUCCUAUCUGAAAGAGCUGCUGACGCCUUAUGUACCCAGUAGAGAGCUCCGCUCAUCCGAUAAUGGCAAACUCUCGACACCACGUGUUUGCCUUGAGACUUACGGAAAGCGCACUUUCGUAUUUGCGGGUCCAACAAUUUGGAACGCCCUUCCUGUCGAUCUUAGAAACAACCAGACACUGGAGUCCUUUAAAACCGAUCUAAAGACACAUCUAUUUCGCAAAUACCUUCUGGGAUGAUUGUCUACCUUAUUUUCCAUGUGUUGCUGUGUUGCUCCGGUUUGAAAUGGCUAGAAAGACUUUGAUAUUAUAUGCUUGUAAUUAGUUUUUGUAGUGUUGCGUUUGUUUUAAAUGUGGUGAAUUAUAGAUAUGUUUUUUCUUGACUUUGUACCGUGCUUCGAGCCUUUGGGGAUGAAGCGUGUUUUUGAAAUGAACUUUAUUAUUAUUAUUAAGAUGUGUGACUUCAGAGGAAGCGCGCGGUCAAUUCGUUCCGAUUCGGGGAACAAAAGAAUUGUUAUAUCUGUCAGUCCUGGCCCUGAUGAAAAGAAUUUGUCCCGUGUCCCGAAUGGCCUGAUCCUAAAUAUUUGUGAUGAAGAGGGAGGAAUGUAUCAUCCAAAAUGUGUUUAGUUUUACAAAAACAUCUUUCUUCAAAUAGCUCUUCACGUGAAGGAUGUUUAGUUUGUGUUAUGCUCCUAACUUUCUUGAUUAGUCAGUUUAUGCAGUGUUUAAUAUCAGACGUUGAAUUCCCACACCAGCAGGUAAUACUGAAAUUAAGCAGGCUUCCAAUUGUUGCACCGUAGAAUAAGUUAACGACUUGCCUGUUUACACAAAAAUUGUACAGUUUUUUGAGGUAGAACAGUCUUUGGUUGAAUUUCUUAUACAUCAUUUAGCCGUCCUCAUGCCAUGUUAGCUUAUUAUUAAUAGUGACACCUAAGUACUUGUAUGCCUCCACUUUCUUUACACUUUGAUUUUUUUAUGUUGAGAUCUGUAAUCUGGUGUUCCCCCCUCCUGAAAUUAACAACCAUUUCCUUUGUUUUUGAGACAUUCAACUGGAGAAAAUUUUCAUCGCACCAAUUGAUAAAGCUUGUAACUAAGUUGCGGUAUAGGCCUUCUCCUUCAGAUAUUAAGCCAACAAUUGGAACGGUGUCGCUUGAGCUUUGAAUGUCAUUUAUAUAUAUUGUAUACAGUAAAGGAGAGAGAACGCAGCCAUGUGGUGCCUCGGUGCUUAUUUCUCUGCUUAGAGGUAAUUGGUUAUUUACUUAGACAUAUUGUGGUCGAUUUGUUAAAAAGUUCAGUAUCCAAGCCUGAAUAUUUAAAUUGACACCUAACGAGGAAAGUUUCUUUAUCAUAAGGUGUGGUUGGAUAGUGUUAAAUGCUGAUAAGUCUAAGAAAAGCACUCUGGCGUAUGUUUUAGGACAGUCUAGGUCAGCGGUUCUCAACCUGUGGAUCGCGACCCCCAAAGACCAUUUCCCAGGGGUCGCCUAAGACCAUCUGAAAACACAUAUCCUUACAGCUAUGAAGUAGCAACGAAAAUAUUUGUGUGGCAGGGGCUCGCCACGACAUGAUAAACUAUUAAAGGGUCGCUGCACAAGAAAGGUUGAGAACCACUGGUCUAGGUGAUUGGUAAAGUCUCUCGAACAAUAGUAAGAUUGCAUUCUCCCUACUUCUGGCAGGUUUGUAAGCAAAUUGGUGGGGGUCAAGUUUUUGCUGUACUUCAUUCAGAAUUUCUUUCAGAAUUAUUUCUCAAAACAUUUCAUUACAAUAGAGGUAAGUGCAACAGGUCGUAAGUCAUUGUUGCACGUUAACUUAUUUUUCUUUAGAAUUGGUAUGAUUUCUGAAGUUUUCCAAAUUGUUGGUAUUGUGUGAGUUACUUAAGAUUUAUUGAAUAUGUAACAAAAAAUGUAGGAGAGCUGCUCAGUGCAUAGUUUUAUGAGCCGACCACUUAAUUUGUCUGGUCCCGAGGCCUUGGCUGCGUCCACUUGUUUAAAUAAUGACAUCACUCCCUGUUCAGUGAACAAUAAAGCACCAUCCUGUGUACUACUGCCAUCUUUAAAUGAAUUCAUCAUCUCAUUGUGCACUCUCCAAAGUCCAGGCUGUCAAAACGACAAUUAAAGUCAUUAAAGUCGUUAACAAAAUUCCUCACGUCCUCAACACAUAAGCAUUCUCGCUUAGGAGUAUAUCCUGUUGUUUGUAUUGUUUUUUACCCCGAUAUAUUUUUUUUUUCAAUAUUUCUUUAGCUUUAAUGAAUUCCUGAUGGUUAUCUUAAACAUGGUCUUCUUGUGGUGUAUGGCCUUCUUUCUUUAUUUCUCUGCUCAUCCAGGGUUUGUUUUUGUUGAAUACUCGGAUGCUUUAAUACUCGGAUGGUUUUUUGGGGAAUUAUUUCGUCUACACAGAACUUAAUGUAGGAAUUGACGGUGUUUGUUAAUGUCAGGCCAAGUGUUUAUAAAUGUGUCCCAGUCUGUACAUUUGAAGCAGGCUUGAAGAUUUCUGUCACCUCAUUUGUAUAAAUAUCGAAGACAGUAAUAAUAAAGUUUAUUUGAAAAUCUCACUUCAUCCCCUAAGGCUCGAAGUGCGGUUCAAUCAACCAUAUUAAAAGAGAAAUGAAAAAAUCUAUAUUAUACCAUAUUGAAAUACAAAACGCAACAUUACAAAAACUACAUUUGAGAAUACCCAUUCUAAGUCUUUCAACCCUUGCAAACAUAAACAAACAUGGCUUUCAGACUCUUAUUUUUAAUUGAUGUACUUGAAUCCAAUACAGUACAAUUAGUCGUUUAAGAAUAUUAUUAUCAGAUGGUAAAUUACUAUGUAAAUUUUAUUUUCAGAUCCAAUCAUGAAGAGAUUCUUUUUAAUAAAGACACAGGUAUCCCUAUGGAUGUAACAUGACAGAGAUCACAGGCGUCACCAUGGCGCUGAUUGUUCUUGUCAAAAAUACACUUGUAAAAAGUGGUGCAGCUGUACUUUCUGUGUCAACCUGACACAGUUCAAGUCACAAACCAGAGUCAGCCCCCAACUGUGCUCUAGACUAGCAGUCCCAUAAUAAAGCAUCAGCAAUUCAAUAAGUUAUACUUUGCAAUUUCUGAAGAUGUUACGUAGAUAUAGAUUUAAUUUUCUUAUAUCUUAUGGUAUAUAAAAAAACAACUUCCAUUAGAGGUAGAGAUAUAACUAUAUUGUCAGUGUUUUUAAAGUAAAUAAUACUGACAAAUUUGAAGAAAAAGAAGCACAUUAACAAUUACUAAAAAUGUUAGAUCUACAUCCCAGCUUGAAUGGCAUGAAAUGACUGAAUAUGUGUUUGGAAUAUUUUCUUAAUUACUUUUAGGAUUGUGGAAAUGACCUACAAAGUUAAAGGGCCCACUCCAAAAGGGUAUACAUAUACCGAUACACUUUAUCUGUGUUUGCGAGUGAAAUUAAAUACCUUCGGUUAUUUGAAGAUUGAUUCUUUUAAUUUCAUUUAAAUAAGUUAGUUAAACAAAUUUAUUUUCAUACAUUAAUUAUGUAGUAUCUUUGUUAAAGUUCUGCUAAAUCUAACGUGAAACUAACAGCACCAUUCCUUUACAAAAUGUGUACAUUUCUAAAUAUUUUUGGUGCUGUGUUCUUGUGUGUAAACCAUGAAAUGAGACCGACGUUUUAACUUUUCAACACACUCUUAUAAUUGUGUGUGUACCAAAGCCAAACAUUUGAUUAUUUUAGAAAUUUCCUACAAUAUGACAGACCUUUACUGUACCGGGCUCCAAAAGAUCUCUUUAUUCUCCUUCUGUGUAGAACCAGUUCCAUUGGGUUAAUAGCAAACCAUUUGCUUUCCUUUGACAAGCAGGAAGAUCUAACAAUGAGGCCAUGUACAAUCAAUAAAUUGAUAGUGGGCCCUUAAUAUAUAGAAGAUAAGAUGUACGCUUGAGCCUAAGUCUUCAUUAAUAUUUUGAAAUACUUGUAUAUAAAUUAUUUAAAGAAAAACAGAUUUUUGGCAGAUUUGCUGAAAAUAAAUAGCUGUCAUUUUAAUCCUCACAAUUCCUCAGAUUUUACUUGAUAGAUUUAUAAGUGUUACAGACGUAGUGACAAACUUUUAACAUGUUGACAGACAUAUUUGAAAGUACUGAUGACUUAAUAUUCAACAUAAUAAAUAAGAAACUGGGUAUUAGGUUCCUUCUUGGCUGAAUGGAAUGGAACAAUCACUUUGAGUUGUAACUGUAAAGUGCGUUGUUGGUAACUUCAUCUAUGCAUCACUGUUAGGAAAGUCAUUUGAACCUUUUAUAUAAUACAAACAAAUUUUAGUCUGUCUGCAACUAGAAUUGAGAAAGAGAAAAUAAUUAACAUCUUGAAAACAUUACUCAAUUACUGGGAUUUUUUUUAUAUUUAAGCUAGACUUAUUUCUAUUCAAUGGUUCUUUAUCAUUCGAUAAAACUGCUUCUCAUUUCUUGGUGCCAUAAAACAUAACAAAAACUAAAAAAAAUGUAUGCAAUAACAGUUAUUGUUUUUACCAUAUCUAGAAAAUGCUCCCACUUGGUCUUUAUUAUUUCACGUUCUGACAAUUUUAACAAAUCAAAUUUAGAAGCGUCACAUGUAUUUAUGAGGGACUGAGUGUUUUCAAUAUUGGUGGGAAGCUGCAAUUCUUUUGAAAACUUGUACAAACUGGUGGGAAAUGUUAAGUAAUUUUGUAUAAUAAAGUAUAUAGGUAGUAUACAUAUUUUGUAGCUGGCUAUAAAAUAUGCAGGUUAUUUGGUUUAAUAGAGUUGUAAUUAGAACUUUGUGAUUGUUGUACCAACAGUUGCUGCUUAGCAUAGACACAUUCCUGAUCCUUUUAGUAACUUCAUCUAAAUGCUUAAUUUUUAUUUUAAUAUGCUUGAGAUAUAAUUAGAAUCUGUUUUAUUUCUUUUAUUACUAGGAUUUGAGUCCAGGAACAAACCGAUUGAGUGAUAUAGUUCUUGGUGUGAUUUAAAUUUUAAAAAGUCUACUUGGCAAUUUACACACAUUUAGCCUGGAAAAAAAAGCAGGUUUCAGAACUGAAGUUGAAACUUAUUGCAGCAGCAAUUACAUUUAUACUUUUAACCAAGCAAAAAGACAUUUAAGACAACUUAACAAAAUGUUCUUAAUUAAGUCAGUCAUUUUAACUAUUGAGGGGCUAUUACAUUACAAGCAUUUCAGAGGAGUUCAUUCAUUUUCGCUGAGUACACAUACAAGAAGAAUUUCAUGGAAUUUAUGUAGUAGAAUACAAGCUUUCCAGCUGUAAAUGAUUUGGGAUAAAACUUAUUGUGACAUUUAAGAUGUCCUUUGUUAACACCAUUGAAAAUUUUUUUUUUUAUAAUUGAUUCACUGUAUCUGGGUACAUGAAAUUCUGUCUUAUUUUAAUUAUUUUAUUUUUUAUAUUACCGGUACUAUAGAAAUAGAAAGUUAGUUAAUUCUAGGGUACUAUAUUAUGUCAUAGUUUUAUUUUUUUAAAUCCAGAGAUGGAUUAUGAUUAACAAAUUUACAUUACUAUUUAAAAGUUACUCCAGUAAAGGGAUUACUUUUUUAAAAUAAUAGUCAUAAGGAAUGGGCUAUUUAAAGUACAUAAUAGAAGGUGUUUGAAAUUUCAAAGAAAGAAAAUUUAAUAAUCACAUCCAGAAAUAUGUUGAAUAUGUAACAAAAGAAUUGCAACUUAAUUUAUUUGAGCAUAGGUAAUUUUCUUUAUCUAGGGAACUUACAAAGUUUAUACACAAGUUUAGACACAAAUUACAAUUUUUUUUAUUAGUGGAUAGAUACCUUUGUAUAAUUUUCAGUAUUUUUACAAAAAGACAUGAUAUUUUUCUUUUUUCCUCAGAAGCUAAAGGUAUAAGUAUAAUCGUACUUACAGUACUAUGGUUUAAAAAUAUUAUGCUUUGUAUAUACAAGGAAUAACUAAAGGGUUAGACUUCUAAUAAGAGGCGUGUUGCUAUGUGUACUGAUCAAAACUAUUGUGCUUGUCAUAUUACUGCAAGUUAAAAUAGUAUAUUUUGUGUGUGUGCGUGUGUCAGACAUACCAUACUGUCAAUUAAUGCUGUAGCCUAAACAUCCAAAAGUGCUACAAUAAAAAUAAAACAAAAUUGAAUAUUUAGUGGUCUCAUGUCAAAGAAUGUACUAGUAUUUAUCAUUUUUGAAGAGGCAUAUUUUAGUUUCUUUUAGAUAUCUGGUGACCAUUUGGUUUCAGAACAUACGAUACACUAACUCAACAAUGUUUGAGUAAAUGUUACAUGAUGUAUAAUGUGUGUAUGUAUAUAUAUAUAUAAAUAUAUAUAUAUAUAAGUUUAAAAAAGUUGCCUGGUUGAUGUUAUAAUGAUAGCUGUGUCAGUGUUAUAUUUACCUGCUUUUGAUGGAUGUGAGAGGAGCAAAUGGCAUGAAACUUGAACAAUUUACUGUGAUAAAAUAAAAAAACCAACAAAAACAAAACGGGUGUACUGUGCAUCCUCUUUCACAUUUAAGAUUUGUAAUAAAAGUUGAUUUCAUGUCAUUUUGAGAACUUUUUAUUUUUUUCUUUCCCUUGCAAAUUGUAUUUAAGUUUAAGGAACAGAUCAUUCAUUAUUAAAUACAAUGACGCUUUGGAAUAAAAUUCACA